CACGACAAAAUGGAGCAGGACGAUGAACCGGAGGCAGUCGUUGUUGAUAUUUUACAUCCAGAAAUACUGAGCAGAGAGGACCUAGCUGAUCUACUGUCCCAGAGACACAUCAAAUUAGAUCGUCCCAAUGCAACAAAGGAGGACCUUCUCGAGAUCUUCCACAGAACCAUCACACCCCUGCCUCAGCGUGCACCCAGGGCCAACAGGCGAGGGCGCACCACUGCCCAAGUCCACAGGAAGCUGCUGCAAGCCAAGCGACGGCUGCAAGCCAAUAGUGAUCAGGGAUCGAAGGUCACGAUGACUGUUGGAUUCUCAAAAAGCCAAAGAAACCAGCAAUCGCCAGGCCUGAAUAGCUCAUCAAGUUCUUCCUCAAGUCCGGGCACAAGCAGGCUAAAGCCACCCCCCGUUGUCACCAGCAAGCAACGGACGCUCAAGCUGCCUUCGUCGAAAACAUCAUCAUGGCCUUCUGGUUCUUCCAGCACCACGAUCAAAGCUGCCAAAGACAGCACGAGUCCGGCCACAAACAGCCAGGUCGACUUGGAGCCUAAGAAGAUCGUGACCAACAAAUCGACUGUGCAAUCAAAACGGGACAGCCGAGUGACCAGUCCUACUACCUCAGCUGUCACACCAGACUCCCUGCCCCAAAUCAAGCUCAAGACCAGCAUAAGCCCAGCAGUUGCACCAGUUUCAGAUAAAAUGCGGAAGAUGUCUGUGAAGCCGUUGGGCUCUGAUUCCACCAAAAUAGCCCUGAAGAGGCCAGUACCAUUGGAUAUCAAUGGAAAGACCAACCCUAGAUCAUCGGAUACAACGACAAAGACCUCUUCAUCCGAAGAUGACCAUUCACCCAAGCAGAAAAUCAAGAGGAUUUCCUGGCCUUGAUGAAAGCGGUCAACAGUGCUGAGGACUGUUUCACAUUGGGGCACCGAUUCAGGGAUGGACACAUGGAUACUACACACAUUUGCACAUUUUAUAUUCCCCAAAUUAGACCUUAGGCAUUUGACAAUUGUUGACUUCUUUCAUGUUGAACGUGAUGUUUUUGUGCAAUCUGGAAAGAUUUCAUAUGAAUCACUGACACACAUCCUUGAGGUGGUAGGAUUCAAAUACACAGGCUGGCAACUUUUCCUCGGAUCAGCUUGAUUUCCUCGUUUUCACUUCACACUCAUGACACUGAAAAUUGAAAAACACCGUACAAAGUCUUGUGAAGAUUGGAACUUCCUUGUUAUUUGUCAAAGUCCAAGUUGCACACCGGAAUACAUGGUCACAAAAAAGUAGUCUACAAUUGUGUGGUAAGAUUGGCGAAUAUUCAAAAGGUGAAGCAUGCUACUGUGCUCAGGAAGUGUGUUUAAGUGCCUCAGUGUGUUAAGCCGGUUAUUCUGUCAGGUACGAGAUUGAAAGGAUGUGGCAUCCUCUGUCACAUGCUACAUGAACAUGUAUACACACACAGUUCAGACACCGUAUGGGUAGUGGAACUCUGUCUAAAGUCCUGUGGUUGAAGGAGGUUAUCAUCUGAGUUAGUGUAGUCAUGGAAAAUCCUGGAGCUCUUAGGGAACGAUGUGGUCCUGAAAAGUCAUGGGAAAAGUCACAGAAAUUCUGGGAAGAAAAGGGUGUCCUGAAAUCCUGUUCUCAGAAGAAAAGUCAAAGAAAAGUCAUUGAAAUCAAGAUCGUGCAAGGGUUAUUUUUGGUUGGCUGCAGGUCGCUAUUGAUGUGAUAGCGGAACAAUGAUAAAUUCACAGGCUAUCUUCUUGUCAGUCCUAUAGCUUUGUAGUGUCUAUGGCAGUCUGCUAUUUCACAAUACACGUACCAGUCAAUUUUCUCUGCAAAAUAGCAUGGAAUGUCAUGGCAAUUGUCAAAUUUUAGUUCCCGUAGAGUCAUGAAAUUUGGUUUUCAAAUUUCUGUUGGGACUUGCCAGGCCAUAGACAGUUAUUUUGAUCAACCAGACCCAUGGCUAUUGUAGACAUGAGAAUUUGUCCAAAAUAUGAUGAAACAGUUUAUUUGGCCUUCAUACUUAUUACAGGAGAAAUGGGGAAGAGGUUGAAGGGAAUUGUAGUUUUUUUCUUACUCGGCAAUAAUUUCCAGUUUUCAUGGUCAUAUUUUUGGCUUUUUUCAAUGCAGUUUUGCCAGUGCAUACAAGGGUGCUUAUUGAGAUUUUGUGAACUGUUACUAUCAUUGACUCAAGCCAGUGACUCAAUUCGAGUCAUAAUCUUUGGUGACUCAACUUGAGUCCCGAUGGGUAACUAUUCAAGUCACAAAAAUGAGUGACUCGUUGUAACUCUGGUUUCUGUAUGGAAACUUUGAUACACAGGGAUUUUUCGAUGCGAUAUAGAAUUUUUAAAAAGUGAUGUUGGAGAGUAAUUAACAGAUAGUUAGUUCCUAUCUUUACAGCAUAUUUCGUCAGUGAUCGCUUUGAAUUUGCCACCUUCAGUUUCUAAUUCCACCAUGUAUCCAAAAGAGGGAGGUUCCAGAGGUUUCAAACUGUUACCAUGGCAACUUACAGCUUUACCCGAUACCUAGCAAACUCCAGAUUUCAGAUAAAUUUCAAGCAACAUCUGUUCAGUUUCUUUUGAUUCUACAGGUUUUUAAUUUGAUGAAUGAUUCUGAUUUCCCCCCCCCUUUUUUUUUCCUUUUUUUUUUUGAUUUGAGAGUACAUGUAGCAUUUCUAACCUCGUCAUUGUUGUUGUUUUUUGUGUUGCUGUUACGCUUGGGGGAAAGUGCCUCUUGUAUACACACUGGUACCUGCCUGAACUCAUUUUUAUUUGUAGAGAUACAUGCGUGUAAUUGUUUUACAAGUUGUACAUAUUUUCCACUGAACAGUUGCUAAAUGUAAACAUAACUUAACAAAAUGGCGAUACGGAAUCAAGGUCUAUCAAACUCUUUCUAAAAUACACCAAAACAACUUGGGAUCGUGAAUUUGUGGGCAAUCAGUUUUGCCAACAGGUGUGAUUGCAGGGCUCAGAAGUAGCCAAGGGUUCUGUUCUGUUAAUAUCCCGCAGCUAGCAAGGGACACAUCUUUCGAGGAAGGUUAUUUCUAAUUCUGAGGCAGUGCCCAAGCAGGCUUUACAGUGUCUCUCAAUGUAAAGUUUUUGUAUAAGUUUCUGUUCUGAUUAUGAAAUGGGUUUUCUUGUUUUUUUUGGGGGGGGGUUUUUUAAACAUAAUUUUGAGAGCCAUGCAUUUGUGGAGUCACUCACCCCCUCCCCUGCCAAUGUUUUAUUUUGUGAGGGUUCUGGAAGAUAUAAACGGGCUUGACUUAUGGAAAGUAGUAGUAUUAGUGUGCCCAUGGAGACAUAGAUGCCUGAGGGCGCAAGUCUCUUGGAAAUGUUGCAAGAGAUUGUUGCCAAAGGUCUUAUGGACAAUUGGAUAAUUAUUUUUUUAUGAGGUAGUAACAGUAAUAGAGACUGACACAUUCUUCCGAUGGAAUCGCAGAUCAUGACGCCGUGAUUUUGUGAAUAAUGACUGGGGCUCUUUGCGACAUUGCAAUGCGAUACGAAACGGCGUAUUGUUUCCGAUCACGUCUUAUUUUGUACAUGCCGCGUGGCAUCUGACUUGGCCUACUCGUAGAUAACAAAUGCUGCUUUGAAAUAUUCUGAUUGUUUUCCUCAGAUUUUCUUGCGUUCGAUUUUUCUUGUCCUGUUUGAAAGGCUGGUAAUCUGUCAAGUGUGUUUUGUCUGUAAGACGUAAAUAAUCGUCAGAUGGAAGAUCAAGCCGUGUGACUCAACUGAAGCAGGGAGGAGACGCUUUGGUCCAACAGUACAACAGCGCCCUCUUUUCGAUAACCUGGCUUAUUUUAGUCCAGGGGUAUUCUGAGUAAUACAAAUCUUACUUCAAUAUUCAGUUGAUAAUACUGAGUGCUUCCUUUGGGAAA